AUGAGUAACACCUUCACUGCCGUGAAAAAGCAUUAUAAACAAUAUGGGCGUGAGGAGAGAGAGGACGGUGUGGUGGACGUGGAUGUCACUUUCGACGGCACAUGGAUGACACGAGGGCACCGUAGCCACAUCGGCAUUGCCUUUGUGUUGGAAGCAGACACGAGGCAGGUCCUAGAUUUCGAAGUGCUUUGCAACCACUGCAUUCCCUGUUCCAAGGAAAGGACGUCCCACCGAGACACCUUCCAGGAGUGGUUUCAAACCCACAAGUCGAGGUGUCACAAAAACUUCGAGGGCAAGGCGGGGGAGAUGGAGGCUGAGGCUGCUCGGAGGCUGUGGCAGAGGUCGGAAACGCUGGGCUUCCGUUACAUCACCUUCGUCGGGGAUGGCGACAGCAGCGCGUACAAGGCGGUGUGCGCCCUGAACGACGGCACUGGGCCCUACAGUUGCAGAGUUGUGAAGGAGGAGUGCAUCAAUCACGUGGGUAAGCGACUUGGCACUCGCUUGAGGAAACUCAAGAAGGAGACUGCGGUCAUGACCACCACAAAAACAGGGAAGGCGAGACGCUUGAGUGUGCUCGGUGGUGCCAAGAAACUUACAGACCACGUGAUUGAUAAACUCUCCUUCUACUACAACUCUGCAAUUAGGAGGACUGCCCGUACAACCGUGGAGGAGAUGAAGCAGGCCAUCUGGCAGUCCUUCUUCCACCUGUCUGCCAAGGAGGACCAGCACCAUGCUCUCUGCCCUCGCGGGGCACAGUCUUGGUGCUUUGUGAAGAGGGCAGAGGCUGAGGGGAAACAGCCUGAGUCACACAGCACCAAGUCUUUGUACCUCGCCAGCCUCCCACACGAGCAACUGGAGCUCGUGAAGGGAGUGUACAGAGACCUGGCGAGUCCAACCCUCCUCCAGAAGUGUCUGUCAGGCCGUACUCAAAACCCAAAUGAGAGUCUUCACUCAAAGGUCUGGAGGAAGGCUUCAAAAGACAAGAAUGCUGGCCUGCACAGGAUUCGUUUUGUGACCCAGGUGACAAUCUGGGAGCACAACUUUGGGUACCAGUCUUAUAAUUUGUUGCAGAAGCUUGGCCUGGAGAUAUCAAGAACCACCAGAGUUGUCCAGGAAGCACUAGACAAGCAAAGGAAGCGACACCAAACACCAAGAGGGAAAAAGAGAGCACCUGCCCCACAAGAUAACGAGGAAAAGUCGCUUCCUGGGAGGAAGAGAAGGAAGGUGGAAGAAACUCCAGCGUACCAGGCAGGAGCACACUAGAUGGUCCCAUCCUCCAACACACUCAAUCUUUUUUUUUUUUUUUUUUUUUUUUGUCAAUAAAUGUUAAUGAAACUUUAAAUGAGUUUUUCUCAAAACCGUACUUUACUAUAUUCAAACUGCUACUCCUCUAAGACUAAGCGAUCAAUACUCAAACAGUUUUUUGUUUUUAAUAGACAAAAGGAAGGAGAA